UCGCCAUGCCGAACGCGUUCGCUUCCGUCGGGCUCGUCAUCGGAAUUGUUGGCACCGCGCUUAUGGGACUGCUGAUAACCGGGUCUCUUCACUUGCUCCUCAAAAUCCAUUAUCUGAUGUGCGCUCGACUGCGGAAACCGGUUUUGGUCUACGACGAGGUGGUGGUCGCCGUUUUUACCACGGACGUGCGAAAGCCGUGGCUCUCGCCGCGCACCGCAACUCUCGUCGUCGACAUCGCGAUACUGGUAUGCUACAUAGGGAUCGGUUCGGUCUACGUCGUGUUUAUUGCCGGCGUGAUCCAAGAGUGUCUAGACAGCAACAAGCUCAUCAGUCAGAGCUAUUACGCCCUUAUAAUAUUUCCCCUUCUUUUCCUAAUGAACAUGGCAAAAAAUCUGGCGGAAAUCGCGCCGAUUUCCAUCGCCGGGAACAUCUUUCUCGUCGCCGCCGCAAUCAUCGGGAUUGUUUACGCGCUGAAGGACGGAAUCGGCGACGAUUGGUUCGUGUUCGGACCGAGCGUAGGUCUGUACCCGAAAUUCUUCGGGAUGGUUUUCUUCAGCAUGUGCUCGCCGGGAUUGAUACUGGCGAUAGAACAUAGUAUGAAAAAACCGUGGAAUUACGUCAGACUGUCCGGAGUGUUGAACUGGGGCAUGGCGUUUUUGGUUUUGAUACACAUCGUCGUCGGAGCUGUCGGUUACUUGAAGUGGGGACCCGACGCGCUCGGCAAUUUUAUUCGCAAUCACGAGAAACUCGAUGGUCCGACUGUCACGGCCUUGGUGCUUCAAUCGUCAGCGAUAUUCUUCACAUACGGACUGCAGUGUUACAUGCCCAUUACGAUACUCAAGCACAGUUACGUUCUACCGGGCAUCGAGAGCGGCACUUACAGAGGAACGCCGUUGCUGUGGGAUCUGAUUAUUCGCUUCGGCGUCACCCUCGUCACGUGCAUUCUAGCGGCGGUGAUUCCGAAACUCGAUCUGUUCACCGGUCUGGUCGGCGCCGUGUGCAUAUCCACUUUGGCCACGUUAAUACCGACCACUUUGUACAUUCUCGUUCAUCACGAAGACUUCGGCAAGUACAAGUGGAGACUGAUUCUGGGCGUCUUCAUGUUUGUCGUCGCCUUUCUCGCGACCGUAGGCGCCAUUGUGAUCGAUGUAAUCUUAAUCGUCGAGUACUUUAUAUACGGGAACUAAAGCCGACGAACGACGGCGCGGUGUGUGUUUAUCUUAAUCUAGUCUCUGUUCGUAGUAGCCCGAUGAAAAUAUCGCGUGCGGUCGCGUUUACCACUUUUGUCCUCGGUUUUAACGCCGCUCCGCCGUUUACGCGCGAUUCAGCCUAAUCGCAACGGCAGCUG